AUGCCCUCGGAGGGAAAACCCGCCUAUGGACGGAGGCUGAUGCCUUCGGUCCUUGACGAGCUUGCAAAGAAAAAUCCUAAUAGACUCUACGCCGCCAUUCCCAAGACCACGAACGUUACGGAGGGAUUUCGCGACGUCACAGUAGCAGAUAUUGCCCGAUGUGCCAAUUUCAUGGCUCAACGGAUUGAACGCCGAUUCGGUCGAAGUGAACGCUUCGAGACUCUUAGCUAUAUCGGCAUACCUGAUCUUCGAGGUGCCAUCAUCUUCCAAGCAGCGCUUCUACUUCCGUCCCCCCGCAAUCCACCCUCGACCAAUAUAUCGUUGAUGAACCAGACAGCAAGUACGAAACUACUGCACACCGUCGAAGUUGCUCCUAUAGUCAAGCAGUUGCAGGACCUCGAGCCGGGUAUUCGUAAUGAAGUGAUUCCCUCGUUCGAGGAGAUGAUGAACAGCACCCCGGAACAUUAUCCCUAUGAGAAGGGUUUUGAUGAGGCCAGAAACGACCCGGUUGUGGUGCUACACUCCUCUGGGUCCACUGCAGGGCUUCCGAAGCCAAUCACCAUGACACACGGUUCAUUUGCGGUGCUUGACAACACGCACAACUUGCCGGAGGUUUCCGGUCGCAAGAAGAGGGAUUGGUCGAUGUGGACCUUUGACGGUGAGGCGCGAGUGUACACUAUCUUUCCAUUCUUCCAUCUGGCAGGGUUCCUGUCCCUUACUCUGCAAACGAUCUUCAUGAACGCUUCUCCGGUAUUGGGGCCCCCGCACAUGAUUCCGGACGGUCCUCUCUUGAAGGGUGUAAUGUUCCACCAGAAGCUCCGAUCAAUAUUCCUACCACCCGCUGUUAUCGAGCAGCUCCUCCACGAACCGGACGGCAUCCAAUUUUUCAAAGAUCUAGAGUUCCUCGUCUAUAGCGGUGCUCCAUUCAACCCCGUAAUCGGAGAUCAACUCUCGAAAGUCGUGGAGCUAGUUUCCCCCUUUGGUUCCACGGAGGUUUUCCCUCAGCCGGAGCUCGCUGUGGCUCGCGAGGAUUGGGCAUGGCACGAGUUCAAUCCUCACAUCAAGCAUGAGAUGCAGGUGUACGACCCUGCAGAAGGUACGUUCGAAUUAGUUAUUUAUGCCGAUGAGAGCACCCAGGACACGGCAGCCGCAUAUCACAACUUACCCGGCGUUACGGAAUAUCGGACUAAGGACCUAUUCACGCAACACCCCGAGAAGCCCCGGCUCUUCAAGUAUUAUGGGCGAAGAGAUGAUAUCAUUGUCCUGGCCAAUGGCGAAAAGUUCAACCCCAUUCCGCUGGAGGUUAAUGUUCAGGACCAUCCGUCUCUCAAGGGCGCCUUCGUGGUCGGCAACGGCAGAACGCAAGGAACCCUGCUUGUGGAGCCGAAAGAGCCCGCCGAUGAAGCUGGGCGAACUAAGUUGCUGGAAGAGCUCUGGCCACUUAUCGAGAAGUCCAACUCCCUCGUUGCCGGCCAGGGGCGUAUACAUCGUGGCAAGGUCAUUUGCGCUCUCCCCGAGAAGCCUUUUACUCGGACCAGUAAAGGAACCAUAGUGCGCAAACUUACAGAGGAGGCCUACAAAGAUGAGAUUGAGGAGCUGUACUCGGGCCGAUCAUCGCAAGAGAGGAUCGUGUGUGUGAGUUUGAAACCGAGCCUGAAGCCCGUCUACGAGCUCUCCACAAUUGUCGAUUUCUUGCGAAAUAUUCUGGCCGCAUCAUUCGCCGCAGGAGCCACUAUAGGUGAAGACGAGGACUUUUUUGCCUACGGCCUGGAUUCGGUACAGACAUUGGAGAUUGUGUCACACUUGAAGCGCAAUCUCGAAACCCAGACUUCGAGGUCCAUGGCGUGGAUUUCCCCACGGUCUAUUUUCCGGCACUCAAGUAUUGCCGAUCUCGCUCGCUUGCUUAAAGCGUUUCUCGAUGAGGGCACAGUCCCCGAGGAGGACUCUGACCUUGCGCGGGCUCGCGAGGUAGAUGAGAUCGUGGCGAAAUAUGUGAAGACAUUGCCCAAAAAGCCAGCAUCGCAGACUGCGCAGUCGUCAAAAAUGUCGGCAGUAGCCCUGAUCGGCUCCACAGGCUAUUUAGGUUCACACGUUGUUGCCAACCUUUUGAAGAAUUCUGACGUUUCUCGUGUCUACUGCCUGAAUCGAGCAGGUGAUGCACAAAAGAGGCAAGAGAUAGCCCUUAACCAGCUUGACGAGAGCGUACGGCCACUUUUACACAAACUGGAGUACAUGACCGUCAAGCUUGGGCAGCCAUCUUUUGGGCUUGCUAGGCACGAGUACGGCAAGAUUGCCAACGAAGUGGACGUCAUUGUCUACAACUCAUGGCGACUCGACUUUGGACUCGCCAUCCGAUCGUUUAGUCCAUUCUUGCGUACGACACGAGAUCUGGUGGAUCUUGCCGCUGCUGGCAAUCGCACCAUGCGCAUCGUCUUCGUCAGUUCGGUAUCCUCGGUGGGGAGUAUGGCCAAGAAGACCACGGUACCCGAAGCUCCCGUUCAAGACCCCCUGGCUGCGUUCAACUUUGGCUACGCGCAAUCGAAACUCGCUGCUGAACAGAUUCUCACAUCUGCGAGCCAACAUUCUGGUGUUUCUGUGUCAAUUGUUCGUCUUUGCCAAGUAGGAGGCCCUGCGAGUGGGAAUACCAGCAAGUGGGCCGAUCAACCUUGGAUCUCUGCUCUUGCAAGAACUGCAAAGACACUGAAACUUAUACCCAGCAACGUCGCAUCGAUUGAUUGGGUUCCAGUCGACACUAUUGCCUCCAUGUUGCAAGAUUUUAUUCUUCACCCGGCCAGCAGAGAGUGCCAAUUUUAUCAUAUCCGCCAUCCCAGACCCGAAUCCUGGGAACUACUUGUCAGCAUCUUACGCGAGACAUUCGGCGUUACAGAAACAGUUCCAUUGCGGGAAUGGGUCAAGAAGCUACGAGACAUUACGGAUCCAAAUGCCGAAGACCUUGCUAAGAUGCCGGCGUUGAAGAUGUUAGACUUCUACGAGGCGCUUGGUGAUGGAAUAGAUGGUACGGCUUACGCGAUAGACCAUGCUUUAAGCGGUUCUCAAGUCAAGUUCCCUACUGUGGAUAAGCAAAUGUUGGAAAGCUGGCUCCAGGGCUGGAAUUUGAAGGCUUGA